AACAGCCGAUAACAUCCGCAAUGGCCUUGGCCAUCCCUCAAUUCUCAUCAACAACGCCGGCAUCACGGGCUCUCACACCAUCUUGAGAACCCUAAGCGAGUUUCUCAGCUGUAUCUUCGACACGAACAUCUUUGCCCACUGACGGCUAGUUCAGCAGUUUGUGCCGGAUAUGGUCGCGAGCGUCAACUCGUUUCUGACAAACUCGGCUAACGCGGACUAUGUGGCAAUCAAGACCGCGGCGUUGGCGUUCCAUGAGGGUCUUACGAGCGACCUGAAGAUCUGGUACAAGGCGUCGGGUGUCAAGACUACGAUUGCGCAUCCAGAUUGGGUCCGCACGCCCUUGAUUGAGGAGAUGAUCUUGAGAAGUGGCCAAGACCCAAAGAUUCUCGAGAAGAUGUUGAUUUUAGAGAAGGGUGCUGAGAUCAUAGUGAGGCAGACCGUUAGCAGGCGUGGUGCGCAGCUGUUCAUCCCUAGUAUUGCGGUGCCUAUAUCAUGGUUGAAGGGGUUGCCGAAUUGGGUACAGGAGGUUGUGAGAGACGCGUUUGGGAAAACGAGUGCUGUCACCAGUAGUCCGAUGAUCGCGUACUAGAUGUCAACACUCGAUCAAAACGUGUAUUAGAGCACUGACGCGAGGUUGAAGUUCUAGUACUGUCGUUUGCU